CUCGAUGAUACGUAUUACAGACAGCGUAACGAAACCGCGCUAGCCCCAAAGCGGCAGGCUCGCCUUCGUCGCCAUGCCAGCCCAACUACUCCAGUCAUUCACUCUUAUAAUAUUAUUACCUUGGCCUGUCUUCCUACACUUCAGCCGCUAGAGCUUUGUGUUUCAAGAAGCCGUCCUACGGCGCUAUCGCUCUUUUCUCCCAGACAAUCCUAUUGUUAUUCAAUAUCUGGUUGUCCAUUCUUGCAUCUUGCCUUUCUCUCGUGGUUGUAUUAUUCGAACUAGUCACGCUUCCCGCGGCCUCAGUUCCAGAGCGGGACAACGCCCGAGGUUGGGUGGACUUACGGUGUGGUUGUGAUCCGCCCCAAGCCCCAUCCUGGAGACCGUCUUCUUCAUACCUUCAUGCUGGAGUCGUCUGGAUCGCAGAGUCCCCCUCUUCACCCAUCUCCCUGCGUCAGUGAUAACGAUCGUUUCCCGACUCGGGAAUCCACCCCCGUGACCACGCCCCUGGGGUUUGGCGAGCCGUCGAGCAGCAGCCCGCACAGGGUCAUCAAGCAUUUGGAUCCCGAUUGGCUUCGAGAUUUAGUCGACUCGGAAAGUCAUCCUUCGCUCUGGGAAUCUGCGAUCACCCGAGCCCAUCUCGACACAGAUUACGACCUCUCUCUCUUCCGCUUCUCUCCUCCCUCGCCGUCUGGCAUCAUGGCAUCCGCGGCUCCCAUCGACAUUGCCACUCGUCAGACGUCUGUUUCCCCUCCGGGGCAGCAGGCGUCCAAUCUGACAUCCGCUUUGCAGAGAGCUGGCAACGGUGAACGUGCUGGAAGCAUAUCUCACGCGAGCGGCGUCGGUAUCAGUAUGUUCAAGACUGCCCCUCCUCGCAAGGACUCUAUCGGCGCAGCCUCGUCACAGUGGGGGAACGGCACAAAGCCCAUCUCGGUCACAGGUUCCAAUCGUGAUAAAAACCGUCGAGAAUCUCUCGCAGGAAGUUUAGUCGGUCAAAUGAGCUGGGGUGGAAUUUCUGUUGGCAGCUGGAUUCGCGAUGAUAUUAUUAUGACCGGUACUUCGCCGUUCACUUUCCAGUCGCCCUCCUUUCAUUCCUCCUCGUACCUUCCCAAACUCGAAGCCAACUUCAUGCGAGAUUUCUCCUGUUGCGGUGUGACGCUGCCGACACUCCACGAUCUCCUGCAGCAUUACGAAGAAGCCCAUGCGACUAAGUCAUCUCACCAGGGACCACGUCCGAGCCAGGGUGAUACCAGAGCCACUAUCGCAGCAGCGCUUGCUCAACAGCAGGUGCAACCGCAUGACAGUCACAGCCGUGGACUGCACCCCGACCGAUCCCCCUUGGACUUACAGCGGAAACUAAGUCAGAACCAGUCAGCUCAGCACCAUUCGGACCUGGAUACAAUAGAUGACAUGGAACUGGACGAGCCUCUUGGUGAUGCAGAUGGCUCAUCGCAAAUGUUUUCGCAGUCACGGAAUACUGGCCAGGGAGGCUUCGAGAGCUCCAACCAGAACAUCCCGCAGUUAAACUUGACUAUGCUUCCUAGCCAUCAAGGCUUCAAAGGGUCACAGCCUGGAACCCCUGUUGCUUCAGCACGUCCCCUCUCAUUGCAAAAUAACCCGACCGUGUCGUCUGUGAAUACGCCUACCCUGAUGGCAAACCCCCUCCAGAAUUCCCAAUUCCGAAAUACUCCCGACUCUUCUGGUCCGGGGACUCCUUCGGAAUUUGACGAGAGCGUCGUAGGCGGCUUUGGGGACAUGUCAAUGCAGAAUAACACGGGACAGAACCAGUCGCAAUUCCCGAGGUUCGCUAUCAACAAUGACAUGGUGGACCUUUGUAUCGAUGAGCCGGCGAAACGUCUUUUCAGCCCGAACGGUGGCUUUGGGGCCCACAACGCCCAUUUCAAACUCAGUGGUGCCCAGUACGGUCCUAACAGCGAUAUUGCGCGACGCAUUCGGGAGCAGCAGCUACUUGCUGGUGUUCCUGACACCUCGGUACUGCUUCCAAACGAAGAGCCCAAGCCAUUCCGGUGUCCGGUCAUAGGUUGUGAGAAGGCGUACAAGAACCAAAAUGGAUUGAAAUACCACAAGGCUCAUGGCCAUAAUAAUCAGCAACUACACGACAAUGCAGACGGCACCUUUUCAAUCGUCAAUCCAGAGACCUCGACUCCGUACCCAGGGACGCUUGGCAUGGAAAAGGAGAAGCCAUACCGAUGCGAGGUCUGUGGUAAGCGGUAUAAGAAUCUGAACGGUCUCAAAUAUCACAAGUCGCAUUCUCCUCCCUGCAACCCCGAUUUCCAACUUGCAAAUCGUAAUUUCAAUCUCGGCGGUGGGGUUAUGCAAGGUCAGAACAUCAACGUUGCUGGGGCGGGUCUCCCUGGCAUUGGUGAAGAGGGUCUUCUGUGAUCUCGAUGGAUUGCUCCUGCAUGGAUCCUCUGAUUAUACUUGGUUAACCAGCCCGACGAUUUGGACGAUCUCGUCACUUGAUACACAUGACUUUAACGACUGGUCCGAUACCUUGGAGUUGUUUUGGUAGUAUCUAUUCACGGCGCAUCGAGAUCCGUUGUCUUGGGAGAGCUAUGGUGCUGUUAGGUCUCAUAGACCAAGACCCAUGAGCUUCGAUAUGAACGAGCUUACUUUGCCUUUUCGAAAAUCGGAUGCAUUUCGUACGAAGACCAGGUUCUUGUCACUUUGGUCAGCUGGCAGAAAAAUAAAAAAGAAGAUAAUGGUUGAGUUCUGUUUUGGGUGUUUGAGAACAAAAAAAAGGAAUUGGAUUUCCCGGCCAGGUUUUAAGUGUUUUUUUGUCUUUUCUUUGAGUACCUCUGGGCGAAUGUUUUCAGGAUUGGGGGGACAAACGGAAAGGUCUUUGAUCAACUUGGGUGUGCAAGAAGAUAUCGAAGAAGAUAUCGAAAGGAAGACCCGAGCUUCUCUUCUCGCCUAAUCUUCUCUUCUUCGUUUCCGUUUUCGUCUCGAGCAAGGGUCUUUUUUUUUUUUUUUUGAUUCAUUCUUUUCUUUGUAGAUAGGACCUUUUGGUUGGCUUCUGGUUAUGUAUGCCUUUGCCUUCUUUCCCCUUCACCACUCAUAAUUUUAUUCUUUAUCACUUUUCUCUGUCACUAUUUUCUAAUUGGUUUGCAUUGCCAAUAUAGUUUCCCCCCUAUCAAACUCCCCUUCGUCUCAUAGACUUGUUUUGUUGUCUGUGUGUUUCCGUUUGCGUCUCUUCCCUCGAUCGAUCGGUUAUUUGUGUUUGCGUUGGGAUUAAUUGAUGCUGUCCUGUUCUCUGAUAUUACUAUUAAGAGGUUGAGAUGCAAAGUCAAAAAUAAGCAGUUCUUUUCUACUGUCCUUUGGGUCCUCGUACUUUGGAUUGCUGGAUGUAUGUGCCCUAAUACAAUGGGUUGUUAUUCAAAGCGUAUUUCAGGCACUGUCCACUCAUCUAUGCAAUAUUAUUUGUAUAUUCAUUCUCCUCCUUUAUGCUCCUAAUUAGAACUAGAAAAUGUAUCUAGCAGAGCGCGAGCUAUUAAAUCCCGC